UCCAAAACCCUAACAAUAAGCCCUGCCAAAUCCCUUCACCGAUCCUCCUCAUCAACAACUCCAGCUCGAAAUUUUCUUUUUCUUUUGAUUAUGGAAAGAUAGAGGAGAUGGAAAGCAGGAAUCUUGGUGCAUAUCAAUGGUGGUUUCAUAGAAAUCCAUAAAUCAGGUAAAAGAAAGGCGCACCCUUUGCUUGCUUGUUCUUUCUGAAAUUCAAGAUGACUUUGCUUCUGAGGAAGCUUUGUAGAUCAAAGAUCUUCCAUUCAUGUUCUCAAAAUCAAAUCAUCAGAUGUUCCUUCUGCUCCUCCACCACCAUAACUCAGAGCAAACUGCCUCUUAAACCUCACUCCUUUGUGGAGGAAUACCUAUUGAGCACACUUGGCUUCUCUCCUGAGAAAGCAACCUCUGCCUCUGAGCAACUAAACCAUCUCAAAUCCCUUGAAAAUCCUGAAUCAGUAUUGAGUUUCUUGAAAAGUUAUGGUUUUGAGGAUUCUGAGAUCAAAAAGCUUAUAUUUUGGUACCCAAAUUGGCUCUGCUUUGAUGUAGAAACAACCUUGAAGCCAAAGUUUGAAGGUUUGCAAAGUCUUGGAUUUUCAGGGCCUGAGCUCACUCAGCUGAUCUUUUCCAAUCCCGUGAUCCUUCGCUGCAGCUUUGAGGGCAAUGUGCGGCCGAAGAUCGAGUUCUGGCGAGGAAUUUUUGGUUCUUUUGAGCUAAUGAGCAAAUCCUUGAGGGCAAAGCAUUGUUUACUUAAUUUUAGUUUGGAGCAGAGGGUGCUACCAAACCUUGAGUUCCUGCGAGAAUUCGGCAUUUCAGAUGAAAGGAUCACUUUGAUUGUGCAAAGACACCCGAGAUUUCUUACUCAAAAGCUGGUAAAGUUGAAGGAAUUAGCUGAGAGGGUUGAGGGAAUGGGGAUACGUCGUGAUUCAAGACUGUUUGUUUGGGCUCUUAACACUCUUCUGAAAAUCUCCAAAGAAAAGUUUGAUGGUAAAUUGGAAGUUUUGAAGAGUUUGGGAUGGUCGGAGGCAGAUUUUCUGUCAGCGUUUCAGAAAAACCCGAUAUUUCUAACAGUUUCUGAGACAAUGUUGAAGAAAAAGAUUGAUUUUUUAGUGAAUGAAGCUGGUUUCAAGCCAUCUGAACUUGUUCAGAGUCCGAUACUUCUCAUGUUUAGUUUGGAGAAGAGGCUUAUUCCUCGCUAUCAUGUCAUGCAAGUCUUGAAAUCGAAAAGGCUGAAUAAGGGGAAGUAUAGCCUCUUGACGAUAAUGUCCUACUCGGAGAAGAUGUUUGUGAAGAACUUUCUUCUCUUCCAUAAAAAGGAUGCCCCGAAUUGUAUGGUUGGUACAUGUCCAUCCACAAGGGGCGCGGACAUUCUAAUUCUGAGUUGAAACCGGUCAAUGAAUGAGUUUUGAAGUGAGGUGCCAGU